CUGCGCUUCGAAGCAAUUGGAAGAAGUCUUCUACGUCGAAGACAUCCUCAGCAACCAUGAAUUUCAGAAACCUUUUCCUGUCCUUCUUCUUGGUCCUGGCGGUCGGAUUCGCUCUUGUCCACGCCGAAGAAGACAAGCCCCGGGGCCCAAAGAUCACCAGUAAGGUGUACUUUGACAUCGAACAUGGAGACAAGCCCCUGGGAAGAGUCGUGCUUGGACUGUACGGCGGCUCCGUCCCCAAGACCGCUGAGAACUUCCGCGCUCUGGCUACUGGCGAGAAGGGCUUUGGCUACGAGGGGUCAACCUUCCACCGUGUCAUCAAGGACUUCAUGAUCCAGGGUGGUGAUUUCACUCGUGGUGAUGGCACUGGCGGAAAGUCGAUUUACGGCGAGAAGUUUGAGGAUGAGAGCUUCAAGCUUAGACACACCCGCAAGGGACUUCUUAGCAUGGCCAACGCCGGCAAGGACACCAACGGAUCCCAGUUCUUCAUCACUACUGUCCCUACCCCAUGGCUCGAUGGCCGCCACGUCGUCUUCGGUGAGGUGCUCGAGGGCUACGAAAUUGUCGCGCAGAUCGAGAACGUCCCCAAGGGCCGUGGUGACAAGCCUGUGGAGACUGUCAAGAUCGUCAAGAGUGGAGAACUGGAGUCGGAAGACAAGCCUGAGGAGAAAGGUAGCAGCCACGAGGAGCUGUAGACCUCUUCCCUCGGGUCUCAGCGUGCUACUGGAUGAAACCAUGAUGUGCUGAUUGCUUGUAAAGAAUCGAGCUCUGAAGAAUUGGCACAACCUUCAGCAAUGCCAGUUAUUCCCUCUCCAACUCCCAUGCCAAUGACGUCUGACAACACUCCCUACAUUUUCCCGAAGUUCGCAGGGCUCGCCGUUGUCGUU